AUAUGGCCGCCAAUGGCAAUAAAAGUUCAGAAAUUUAUAUCUGCUUGUUUAUUGUUUUUCACACAUAAAAAGUAGUUUCAGGAAUAAUCAACCUUUAUAUAAUGGGAGUAAACGGCUUGUGGAAGUUAUUAGAGCCUGCUGGUCGUCCAAUAACGCUGGAAUCUCUUGAAAAUAAGACACUCGCUGUCGAUGUGAGCGUGUGGUUAAAUCAAGCCCUCUAUGGUAUGAGAAGUCAACAUGGUAGCACUGUACCAAAUGCUCAUCUUGUGUUGUUAUUUCAAAGGAUUUGUAAAUUGUUGUACUACAGGAUUAAGCCAAUAUUUGUAUUUGACGGGGGUGUACCUGAACUAAAAAAGAAAACAAUGGCGGCAAGAAGAGCGAUUAGAUUGUCAGCUCGUAACAAAGCUCAAAAGAUAUCUAAGAAUGUUUUGGAGAAGUACCUGAAGUCCCGUGCUAUUGGAAGUGUUACAGGACGAAAAAGCCGUCGACCCACUAGUGGUUUGGGUCUGCAGCAAGUGCAGGAAAAGGAUCUAUUCGAGUUACCGCCAUUGCCUGAGAAAGAGGAGCCAGAAAGUCCGUCCGUUGACGAAUCUUUCUUUUCUUCACACCAUUUGCAGGAUACGACGGAUUUAAACAUAGACUCGGAGGGAUUCAGGGAGCUGCCUCAUGAGAUUCAGCAUGAACUUAUUGUUGAAAUGCACGAGAAAAGUAAAAGACACUCGCGGUAUCAGGAUGUAGAUAUGCCAGAGGAAAGUGAAGAAUUUUCGAAUUUUCAACUCGAUCAUCUGUUAAAGCGCGGAAAGUUGACGCAAAGGUUGGGGACAAUAAGAAAAGAAAUGAACGAAAAACAAGCGGGUGAGCUGGUGGUCGGUGCCGUUGGUGAAAUGAGUGUCAACUCGAUUAUCCAAUCACAGAAAAUAAUGUCUGAGGAAACGGGACACAGUAUCUUGAUCAAGCGCACACAAGCACGUAAAACUGAUGAACUGGAAGACGAAGCCGAUGAAAUGGCUGGGGGAUUUUUUCGCGAAAUUUCCAACGAAGAUGUAGUACAUCCUCAACCGAUUCUUCUAAAAGACUUACCAAAAAUCACAAGUGAUAUCGCCAAACCUAGCGUGAGUGGGGCUUUAGACGAAGCCGCAAGUAGUACGGACGAAAGUGGUGAUGGCAACGAGCCUGAAAUUGUUUAUAAUGAAACUUUUCCCUAUCGAUCCUCAAAAAAAGUAAUUGGAGACGGAAACGGUGUUGCUGUCCCGCAUAUUACUAAUGAAGACUUCCCUAAGACGGUUGGUGAGAAGGAAGUUAUAUAUUUGUCGGAAAAAGAACAGCCGAUGCAAAAAGAAAGCACGGAAUCGAACGAUUUAGUUUUGGUAGAGAAUAGGUUAGAUUCUGUGGGAUCAAAUGAGCAAAAAGUAGAUUCAAACAAUGGUAACAUUCAUACAAAUGCGAAUCCUCCUUCACGUGAGCCUAGUGAACAAAAAGUAAAUUUAACUAGCAACGAAGACCUUCAGAUAGAAGUUGGCCGGGAGUUAAGUGAGAAUGUUACAAUCGAAAUUGCACCCUCGACGAAGGAACACGAGGAUAAAAAGGAUUCCGAAAAGGAUCUUACAACCAUUGAGGAUGAACUGGAUGAUUUUGAGGACGAAAUAAAGAAAAAGAAAAGUCUGAUUGAACAGUUGCUUUCAAACAGACGCCCUUCUGUCGUUAACGAAUCUGCAAAUAGCAAUGUUGGAAAUAUUUCUGACGAGAAAUUGUCUGAGGAAAAGCCUUUUAGCGAGAUUUCCCCUCAAAGAGAAAAUAAUUUUAAAAAUGAUGACAAGGAUUCUUCCAGUGAUGAGACAAAAAAUCUUCCUUCUGCUAUGGCGAUUAUGGAUGAGUCUGUUCGCGAUAUAUCUGAUUGUGAAGCGCCUGAGCCAGCUGUCAACGACAUAUCUGCACAAAACGAGUUUGAAGGAAAAACAUAUGAAGAGCUUGGAGAAAUUCAGAUGAGAUUGGACGAAGAUCUUGAAAAUUUGAAAGAAGAAAAGACACGUCAAAGUCGGUUGGCCGCCACAGUUACUGAUGAAAUGUAUAAGGAUAGCCAGGAACUUUUACACUUAUUCGGGAUUCCAUUCGUGGUAAGUCCCAUGGAGGCGGAAGCACAGUGUGCCACAUUAGAUAGACACCAUUUGUGCGACGGCUCAAUCACAGAAGACAGUGACAUAAUCCUGUUCGGAGCGAAAAAGGUUUACAAAAAUGUUUUCAAUCAAAAGUAUGAUGCGGAGUUAUAUCAAGAGGACGAUGUCAAGUGCAUACUAGGUCUGGACCGUCUCAAUCUCAUUGCCAUCGCAUUGCUAACUGGAAGUGAUUACACAGAAGGGGUACAAGGUUUGGGAAUUGUGUCCGCGAUGGAAAUCAUUAAUGAAUUUUCUGGCGAAGGCAUUGAAAAAUUACAAAACUUAAAGAAUUGGUUGGAGGGCAAAUCGAAACUUCUGCUACACGAAAGUAAAGUAAAAAGCAAAUUAAAAAAUGUUGUUCUGCCUACUGGCUUUCCGUCAUCGCAAGUUUUCGAGGCCUAUCUGAAUCCUGCCGUUGAUGAUUCAAGAGAGGCUUUCAGUUGGGCUAACCCAGAUCUUCACUCUUUGAGAUUAUUUGCCUCAGAGAAGCUAGGGUGGAGCAAGAUGAAAACAGACGAGAUUCUGCUUCCUGUAAUAAAACGCCUUAAUACCAGGGAGACACAGCCAAAGAUCGACUCAUAUUUCCCUGUUCUGUCCAGCGAAGCGAGAAAAAUUAAAAGUCGUCGCGUUAGGCGGGUUGUGAAUCGUUUAUUGGACAAGGAAUCUGAUGACGAUGAAAAAAGAGCUUUGAAAAAGCGAAAAGUUAGGAAAUCAACGAAGAACUCUAAAAAAGCAACUGACGGUGUUAAUAAGGAACAAACGAAUGAUGUUGACAUUCGAUGUGACAGCCACGCUAUUACGAAUGUUGCUAGCCAGUCGUCGAAAACUAGCUUUCCAAGCCCGCUUAAGGAUGCUAAAGCAAGUGCAGUUGAAUCCAAUUCUGACUCCACAUCGGACACAAGUGAUGAUGAUCGGAGCUUUGUACCAUUUAACACGAGUCGAAGAAAACCAGUCAGUAGAGGCAGCACUUCCAAAUCGAGGGGAUCGCGUAGGAUGGGAACCAAAAGUCGAACGAGAAAGAAAUCUUAAAGUGCAGCAAUUGCAUCAUAUUAUAGCUAGUGCGCCAUAGGAUGAGUGAAAACCUCCUGUGGCUAUACCAUAACGGGUUCACCAUACUCAUUAGAAUCAUGACCAUCGAUCAGUAUUUCAUUCUCGCAUGUGUCGUGCACGUUCGUUGACAAAUAAUUUCGUUUCAAAUAUGACUGUACUACCUAAAAGCCCUGUUUACACUACACUCAAUCGAUUAGCGCUGCGCCUCCGUACCAAAUUUAUACCUUCUUAGAUUGCCAAUACAAAGGCCGAGCUCGGAUGAAAUUGGUAGGGUACAUAUAUCAGCCCUGCCGAGCCGUGCUAAUGAAUUGAGUGUAUUGUAAACGGGCUAUAGUCUGUAAAAUCGUAUAUUUGUAUACGUAUACGGUUGAUUUGCACCAGGAUUUGCACGGUGUGUUUGUAAUCACGGGGCACGCUCAAUUGCAAACAUUUAUUGACAAAUAGAUGAACAAAUAACUUCUUUUCAAUGUGACAAAAUCAGUAGUUUGUCAACCCUAAUUUGUUCUACUAUUAUAUAUGUUAUUACUUCUAUUAAACCUUUCUUUUUCUCUUCUUCCUUUAUCAUCAUCCCACA